CAAUAAACUACGCUGCUGCCAAUCUGUCACCAUGGCGGCUCAUAUUAAACACCAACCCCAACCCCUUCUCUCUCACCCUUCUUCUCUUCUCUUCUCAACCCAAUCCUCACUCAUCACUUCACUAUUUCUACAACAUAUACCAAAUUAUACAAACAUCCACCGCCCAGAUUUAGUUUCACUCCAAACCCAUCAUGUACCACCGUAGAUUCAACAAACCGAUACAGGUGGCUAACCCAGAUGAGCCCGAGCCCGAGCCCGAACCCACCUCAGAACCUGGGCCUGCUUCUCCUUCUUCCUGUGAUGACACUAAGACAGAAGCACCGUCACCUAAGAAAAGGAGGGAGAUGAAGAAGAGGGUGGUGACGAUACCGAUCGGUGAUGUGGAUGGAUCUAAGAGCAAAGGAGAGACGUAUCCACCGUCCGAUUCGUGGGCCUGGAGAAAGUACGGCCAAAAGCCCAUCAAAGGCUCUCCUUACCCAAGGGGAUAUUACCGAUGCAGCAGUUCAAAGGGGUGUCCCGCAAGGAAGCAAGUGGAGCGAAGCCGUGUGGAUCCCACAAAGCUCAUAGUCACCUACGCCAACGACCACAACCACUCCGUCCCCCUCCCAAAAUCCAAUUCUUCCGCCAUUUCCGCCGCCGCCUCGCCGGCCGAGUCCGCCGCAAGGUUCCCACCGGAGGAGGAGAUGGCCGUGUUCUCGACUCACUCCGAUUUUGAACUCGCCGGCGACGCGGCGGUUCUGCUCAGCCAGUACCACUUUCGGUGGUUCGAUGACGUGGCGUCCACCGGCGUCCUCGAGAGCCCGAUCUGCGGCGAGGUGGAUGAUGUGGCGAUGCCGAUGAGGGAGGAGGACGAGUCGCUCUUCGCCGAUCUCGACGAGUUGCCGGAGUGCUCGGUGGUUUUCCGGCGGGGGAAUAUUCCGAGGAGCAGCGCGAUCCGGUGCGGUUGCAUCACAGGAUAACGCGGCUGGACCCUUUAUCUUUCGUCCCGCGUUAUUACGUAGUGCAAAUUAUUAUAUUCGCGGCCUGAAAAUCGUGCGCUAUUAAAAAAUUGGAAACGUACAGAAAUAAUUAAAUAAAUUAAUUUACGAAUCAUGGGUUUCUUUUUUCUUUUUUUUUUCUUGCGUUGUACAUUUGAAUAAUAAACAAUUAAUUACAUCAUGCUAUCUUCUUCUG